AUGGGCCACGAGAUUUCAGCUGCCCCUCUGGGUUCUCCCACCGACAGAGAAAGUCCAUCACUACCCGCUCAAUCACCUCAGUCGACAGUCCUAGGCUCAGGUGGCAACUCACCAUGGCUAGACCCCGCAAGCCCCAAUCUUGGGACCUCUCCCAUGUUCGAUCGCAAGCGUGCCAGCUUGAUGGGCCUUCUGGGUUCCAACCGAACCAAGAAUACAAACACUGGUCUGGGUCUGUAUGACUCCAGUCGUGAAAAGCCGCGUGCCCCUCCAAAGGAGGACACCUUAUUCCAGAAGGUCAUGAAGAGUAAAUGGUCCAUGGUACUCUUCCUCCUCCUCGGGAUUGGCGGUGCCCUGAGCCAUCACUUCCUCUACUGGCAUCUCAAGGGUCGAGAUGCCAAAGACCAAGAGUGGUGGCUCCGUUUGGGCCAAUUCAUCUCGUUUGUAUCCAAAGCUGGCUUCGUUCUCUCUGUGCUUAUGGCACAACAACAGACAGCCUGGAGGGCUGUUGGAAAAAAGGACUACUCUGUCCAUGCCAUUGACUCCCUCUUUGGCUCUUCCCAUGACAUUGUGGAGCUGUUCAGUAGAGAGGCAUGGACGAAGACAUGGCUAGUCAUGAUUCUGAGCCUCUACAUCUGGAUCAGUCCCCUUGUCGUCAUCUUUGCAUCCGCCACACUCAGCGUUUCUCCCGGCCUCACAGUGGAUAGGGACGCUAGGUGUCCUUCAGUCCGUACCCUAAACUUUUCGCAAGAAUCAACUAACAAGUGGGACGAACCUAGACGGGCUGAGAGCGAUGGCUUGAUUGGCCUUUCUCUGUCUUUUUGGGAGAGAACGGGGGCACGCUACGAGGAUGAUGACAACGUCGACUACUAUAGUUCGCCUAGUGCGCAAUUCAGUGCCAUUGCCGACAAGGUCUUUACAGCAAACCAAGCCUUGCAGGGAGACCACGUGGCCGAAGACAUCUGUGGGAGAGGUUGGAACUGUUCAACUGUCAUCCACUUUGUCGGUCCAGGAUACAAGUGCGAUUCCGUUACCCCGAAGUCGGGAGUUUUCAUCGACGACUUUGCAGGAGUCGAGGCCCCGUUCAACAUGACCGAGCUCGCACCAGAGGGGAGCCAUACUUACUUUGCGCUGACGCAAGGAGAUUAUGGUACUCAGAUUGAAUUGAAUAAAAGUGGGAAACCUGUUCAACAACUCCCUUACCCUGCCAACCUUGGUGCCUUCAAAGCUGAGCCCAUCAUCUGGCUUGGCUACACCACCGUUGAUGAUAUCACCAAAAGGCAACCUGAACGCAAGGGCGCGCCGGGAUGGGAUGAGGCCUUUACACCUGCUGUGCUGGCCUGCGAGCACUAUGUGACAAACUACACGGUCAACCUCACGUACACUGGUGGUCUGCAGAAUUACAACGUUACUCAACGGGACUACAUGCACAAGGUCAUCAACACGACAUACGACGAGACCCUCAAGGUCCCUACCGACGGGCUUUUGAACGGGGUCGUAGCGGUUCCCGAGGAGAACUACGUCCUCCCGACUAAGGAGAACAUGGAGACGUACCGUCGCAUAGCUGCCUACCACUCACUCGGCAAGGUUCUACGAGACAUGGUUAACGGGACAAUCGAGCUCCCGAAUCAUAUCUCAAAGUCAAAGGUUAUGGUCUCCAGGCUUAUGGACAAACGCGACUACAUCGCCGUUACCGAUCUCCAACAGGAAGUCCGCAGAUUGUACGAAGACCUCCUCAUCUCGCUCCUCUCGAACCCCCAGAUGCUCAUCGUGUCUUGGGCAGCCAACACUUCUGAGCUCUCAGGGACACUGCCUGGUGGUCCACUGUAUCCAUGUUACCGACACAAACUUGUGAACAAGUUUGCUUACCAGUGGGAGGUCCUCUUGGCUGUCUACGCCAUCUCCUUUGUCAUUGCCUCGGUUGGCGUGAUAUCCGGGAUGUAUGCCAUGUGGAAGGACGGAGUACACGAACAGCGCGAGAUGACGUUUUCUGCAAUUGCCGGAGCUACCAAGAAGCUGAGCUUGGAUCAGUACAGGGAUAAGGAGACGAUGGUCAGGUCAAAUCACGUGGGGCAAGGCCCUGGGGGUCGAGUAUACGAGUUUGAGCUUCGAGAUGGUGGUGGACAGGAUAACAACAGCUCGAGGUCCGCCCUGGAUGAUAAGCCUGGGUUCGCGGAUAGGGAUAGUACAGUUUGA